CCAGGAGUAGAAGCCCGCGUCCCGCCCCGGAGUCAGAACCUUAAGGCCGCCGCCACCGCCUGGCAGAGUUCUUGCGGCUGGCUAUGGGGCUCUGAUGGCCAUGGACGGCUACAAGGGCUUUCUGGGGCUGCUGGUGUCGUCGCUCCUCGUCGGCUUCCUGUCCGUGAUCUUCACCCUCAUCUGGGUCCUCCACUACCGGGAGGGACUCGGCUGGGAUGGGACCGCGCUCGAGUUUAACUGGCACCCGGUGCUCAUGGUCACCGGCUUCGUCUUCAUCCAGGGCAUCGCCAUCAUCGUCUACAGACUGCCAUGGACCUGGAAAUGCAGCAAGCUCCUGAUGAAGUCCAUCCACGCAGGGUUACACACCAUUGCCACCAUUCUCGUAAUUAUUGCUCUGGUGUCUGUUUUUGAUUUCCACAAUGCCCUGAAUAUCCCCAACAUGUACAGUCUACACAGCUGGGUCGGACUGACGGUUGUCAUACUCUACAUCUUACAGCUUCUCCUAGGGGUUUUCAUCUUUCUGCUUCCUUGGGCUCCGCUUUCCCUCCGAGCACUUGUCAUGCCCAUGCAUGUCUACUCUGGGCUCCUCAUCUUUGGAACGGUGAUUGCCGCAGUGCUUAUGGGAGUGACUGAGAAACUGUUCUUUGCCCUGAAUAGUUCUGGAUACAAUAAGUUCCCACCAGAAGGUGUUUUCACAAAUACCCUCGGCCUCCUGAUGGUGCUCUAUGGGGCGCUCAUUUUUUGGAUAGUCACCAGACCGCAAUGGCAACGUCCUAAAGAACCAAAUUCUGUCCUGCUUCAGCCAAACGGAGGCGCUCAAGAGGGAGCUGGAGGCUUAACCGUCAACUUCAGCAAUGUGGACGCACCAGAUUCAAAAUUAAACCACGAAGCCUCAGCAAAGAAAAGAAACUUCACUGCUGAUGAGGUUGGCCAGAGAUCCACCAUGUAAAAUGUUGUAGAGAUGUGGCCCAAUAACUUCACUUUGAAAAACCAGCCUUCCAGUUUAACCUCUCCUGGUUAGCCCCAAGAUGAUUGAGCUGUGCAGUAGAUAUUUAUUUUAAUCAUAAAGUAGGAUUCCUUGAAAGAGUUUGUAUGGAUUGAGGCCUAUGAUCUUACCUGAAUUGGAAAGGAGACGAUCUGUGUAAAUAGUAGAAGAUAUAAGUGGUGGUUAUGUUACUUCUUUCUUAUCAUGGACCAAAAUAUUUAGCACAGUGCCUUACAUAGAACAGAUCAUCAAAAGGUGUCUCUCCAAAACAAACAAACAAAAAACUUAAAAAAACCAAAAUCAAAAUCAAAAAUAUGUCUCUCAGUUGGUAAAUGCCAUCAGUUGGCAGCAUCUCUGGUCUCUUGUCAUGAAGUCAUUUCCUGUUAAUUCCAGGAAUCCAAUCCUAAUGUUUUAGAAUCAGAUCUGGGGCAGGGUUUAUGCUACACAGAUAAGGAGUAGAGUGCAGAAAAAUUCAGGAAAGUGACUGGUUCCCUUCUCCCAGUGACUGUCCCCUGCUAUCUAUCCCCCUCACUCAUUUGAGCUCAGAUUGGCCCUGGAGACCAGGGUUUGUAUUAGAGAAUUUUGGAGUGAUGACUGAGCCAAAGGUAGCUAAAGAAAUCUUCUCUUGUCAGACCUGGAAGUUUUUUCCAAAACUCCACUUCAUCCCAAAGUUUCCUUGGGGUUUGGUGUACUUUCUAACCCAGAUUCCAAAACCUAAUUAGUAGGGACCAUGCCUGAAAGUGUACGUAGCAUAAACUGUUCUCCACACCUCAAAGGGCACUUUUCCCCAAGUUUCUGUUUUUUUUGUUUUUAUUAAAGGUUUUAUUUAUUUACUUAUUUGACACAGAGAUAUCACAAGUAGGCAGAGAGACAGGUAGAGAGAGAGGGAAGCAGGCUCCCUGCUGAGCCCAAUGCAGGGGCUCGAGCCCAGAACCCUGAGACCAUGACCUGAGCUGAAGGCAAAGGCUUAGCCCAAGUUGCUGUUUUUUAUUUUAAAAAGUACUUACGUGGCACUGACUACAUGCCAGACACUCUUCUUAGUACUUUAUAAAUAUUAACUUGUUCAAUCCUCAAACUUUAUACUAUCAUUAUCACUAUUUUACCACUGGGAGAUCUGGAGGUGAGAAAGGUUAGUAACUCUCCCCAAGGUCAUACAGCUCAUUGGUAGCAGAACUAAGAUUUGACUCGUGGCUGUGACUCCUCAGUCUGUGACCCUAACCACUUCACUCUGCUACAUUUUCUGUUUGAUACUAGUUUGUGCCUACUCUGAUUCACUCCUGGAUAAACCCCAGUUGCUGGAGUGUAGUGGUGUUGUUAAAGUGUACCUUCUGUCUCUCUCUUCCAAGGCAGAUUCCUCAAACAACCAAGAAAAGAGGUCCACCCGUACCUCGAAAUAGAUCAUGGCACCCCACCAUUGCCGACCAGCCGUGGCCCACCCGGAGGCCCCUUUGAUCUUAAAAUUGUGUCUUAGUAACAAAGAAAUGUUUGGGCAAAAACAGCUGUAACUUUCAAGAUUAAUCAAUCACAAUUUUUGUUCUUCAGCAUCUUAGCUGCUGAAUAACUUUGGGUUUGGGGAUUAGAGAGACUCAUCUCAUGGUCUGCCCUUCCCAGUGGCAACAGCUAAGGUCCUUCCUGACACUGGUGGAGUUUUAGGAGACAUCUGGAGCUUUGGGUUCUCAGUAUGAACUGAGACUCAGAGGUGACCUCGUUCGAGCGUGGAGACCGCUGUCUAGACUCGGGGCCGACUUAAAUUAAAACCUAGAGUUGGAGCACCUGGGUGGCUCACUCAGUUGAGCGUCUGACUCUUGGUUUCCACUCAGGUUGUGAUCUCAUGGGUCAUGGAAUGGAGGACCCCCUUGGGCUCCGUACUCAACAGGGAGUCUGCAUGAAGAUUCUCUCCCUCCGCCCCUCCCCCAACUCACGUGUAUGUACCUGGGCGUGCUCUCUCUCUAAGAUAAAUACAUAAAUCUUAAAAAACAAUCCCUACCCCCCGCAGAGUAGUACCUAUGCUGAACUGAUGCUUUUUAUUUGGGUUUUUUGUUUGUUUCCCUGUGAUUUUAAACUGGAUCAUUUUAAUGUAGGUAAAAAUGUUACAGUUUACACCAAACACAUUUAACCUUUUUAGUGCUUAGUGGAGUUCCUUUUAAGUGAAGUGGUAAUUACCUCCAUAGACUGAAUAUGAGCUUCACUCCAUCCUAUCGGUUAAACUUGACGGCUAACCAUUGAAGAUUUCCUUGCCAAAAUACUAUUUUCUUCCUAUUUAAUUAUAUUUCCAAAAUUGGUAAUGGUGUCGUAAGUAUGCCCAGUGCCCAGCCCAGUACCUGGCAUGUAGUAGGCACAAUUCAAUAUGGGUAGAUGAUGCUUCAAUUUUGGUGUCAGGUGGAAGUAAUAAUUGCACUGUCAUACACAAACAUAUUUUUAAUAAAUGGAUGUUUCUUUAUAUAAAGGUGCCCCAAAUUCCAGGAAUUUUUGGAAGGGGAAGGGGUCAGUGACAGUAUCAAUGAUUGAAGCCAAGGAAGCGGUUACUAGUGAAGAGUUAAUUAUGGUUUUGGCAUGAGAAUAUUCUAUUCCAUUGCAAAGUAUUCGAGCACCCAUCAUCUCAGCCCUUUCUUUUCUCUCUCUUGUGGGCUAAUGGGAGAGCAAUCUUACGGAUAUUAUAGGAACUUCUUUCUUUCUCAACCUUUAUGAAAACAAUGCAUAGUAAAAUAUAUCUAGAAAACCUUUCCGAGACUCUUCUUUUAAUGGGCUUUUUAUUCUAAUGGUAAUUGUACCUUUAUCUUUCAAAAGCUGGUAUUUCCUACCUAAAGCCAUCUCUCCCCAAAAUAUCUCAUUAAAAAGUCCACAAAAAGAAAGAAGGGAGAAGAAAGCCUUAGGUAUCAUUUCCAAAACAGUGAUUGAAAUCUUCCCAAGUAAUUAUAGCUUUUAUCAUCAGGAGAGGUAGUCUGGCUUGGCUUACCCCAUAAUCUAAUUUCUGGGGUUGGGGGUAGGGGGGAGCUUUAUUUUAACACUCAUCUAAAUCAACACUAAAGCCUUUUCUCUGGAAGGAUUUAUUGAGAAACUCAAAUGAAUAUGCUUUUUGAAUUAAUGUUCUCAAAGGCGUACAGUUUCCUGUGCUUCUAUGUCAGACUGAAUUCACCCUCCAGAAACUCUCCUUCCCUUGCCUCGUGUGGUUUCAUGUAAGCCGCUAGUUCGAAACAGCAUCUCAGACCUUACAAUCAAAUGACAAAGAAGGCAAUUGCACUUUCUCAGGAAUACUGACAAGUGGUUUCUGUUUUCUAAAGGACGAAUUAAAGAGAAUGUCUUGUUUUUAAUUAGGCUCUUUUCCCUGCUGAGUUGAAAAUUGCAGUACCAUACCGAUUGACCACAACUGCCAGAUCUAAAAGCUCAAAGAAAGGAGUAAAGUGUUAUGCUAAUUUUAUUGCCGUGUGAUAGAAUUUUUUAUCUUGUUACGCCCUUUCUUAGAGAACUCUGACAGAACACUGUAACUGCUAUAUGUCUCUGAGCUGCACAUAAGGAAAGUACAGUGUAAAAAAAAAAAAAAAACCUAUUAUUUUUUAUCCCUUAGGAGAUACCUGAAAACUGAAGUGGAAAAUAUUAGUGUUUUAAUUUUGCCUUCUUCUGGAAAAAUAUGAAGUAGCCCAAAUAUUUUAUAAUUUUGUAGAAAAAAAAUACACAUCUAUUUUUUCUUGACUUUUUUUUAUAUAGUAAUAAAAGUUAUUUUGGAAGCUA